AUGUCCGACGUCAAGGUGUUCACCCUCGAGGACCUCCAGGCCCACAAGUCCCGCGAGGACCUCUACCUCCUCAUCAGCGGCAAGGUCUACGACGCUACCCAGUUUUUGGACGAGCACCCCGGUGGCGACGAGGUCCUUCUCGAGGAGGCUGGCCGUGACGGCACCGAGGCCUUUGAGGAUGUCGGCCACUCGGACGAGGCCCGCGACAUGCUCGUCAAGAUGUUCGUUGGCAACUUUGACGGUCCCACCAAGUCGUCGGCCAAGGCCUCGGCUGGUGGUUCGACCACCACUUCGUCUUCGUCGGGCACCAACCCCCUCCUCUUCGUCGUCCUUGCCGGCGUCGGCGCCUUCCUUGCCUGGCGCCUCUUCCUCGCUUAA